UAACUAACUUCCGGGGAUCAGCCUAGUACGUCAUCGUCGGUCCAUCCCUGUCACUUUAUCAUCAUCUCCACGGUUUAUAUUUCUGCGUAGGGGAUUUCAACAAAUUCAACUGUUUGUAUGAUUAUAAAUAUGUACACCACGACGAAAAGUCUGCAGUGCAUUUGUUUCAUUGUGCUGUUUAUUAUUAAAGCAUCUCUUCAAGAAACAGUUCAGGGUUUUGUUGGAAGUUCAGCAUUGUUGCCCUGUCGUUCAUCACAAGUCCUUACAGUACACUGGAGAUAUAACGACAUCAAGAAUGUUUAUGACAUACAAAACGGCAAAGAGUCCACUAAAGAGCAAGAUUUUCACUACAGUGGCAGAACCCAAAUGUUUCCUAAAGAGUUCAUAAAAGGCAACUUCACCCUCAAGCUUACAAAUCUUAAACAAAGUGACGAAGGAGCCUACUGCUGCUUCAUCCCUGACAGUCCUGAUCCCAAAAAUGUACAGCAAUGCACAACGCUUCAGGUUAAAGAUGUUCCUGUGAGACCACGUCUAAACCAAGCAGGACAAGCAGAACCCAGGAAUCAAACACCUGAAACAAAAGCAAACAGAAUCCUUUUACUCUUAAUGUCUCUCAUAUUUCUUAAUAUUCAGUGUUGCAUUUGAUGGUGAAUGCAGAUGGUUUGUUUACAGGUUUAUGAUUUGGUAGCAGAGCUAAAUUGAGACAUUUCUUUAGGCAUCCUUAUUACAUAAUUUAACUUCUUUGUGAAAGUAAUUUGAAAAUUUCAAACCUGUAUAGGGAUGAUGCUGUUCUCCUCAUUGUUCUAACUUUACCAUUAUAUACCAUUAGAUUUUAAACACAAAACAAGGCUUUAGGAGAUAUAAACAUUUUGUGAUAUAUAUUUCAGCUUUGUGUUGAUUUGUGUUGACAACUCACUGAAAAUAUUUUUUUUAUAAAAAUGACAUGAAGAUGGUGCAACACUUUGACUAGACUUUACCUCUAUCCUCAAAAGCUUUGUUUUCAAUAGCAUUAAAUAGGGCUGUAGGUCUGUUGCUUGUUUAUUAAGCCUCAUGUUUUAUGAGAUGCAGUGCUGUUCAUAAUGCUAUAUGUAAUAUCUAAACGAGGUAUAGUUUAAAAGUUGUGAAUAGCUUUUCUGGAAUUAAUAGCUUUUCUGAUGCUCUUUAGUUACACAAUUUCUUAUUUAUUAGUUUGUUUGUUUACUUAUGUAUUUAUUUUUGUGCUUGCUUGCUAAUUUAUACAUUUAUUUAUUGGUUUAUAUAAUUUAUUAAAUUAUUUAUUUAUAUUUUAUUUAUUUAUUUACUUGCUUAUAUAUUUUAUUUAAUUAUUAUUAUUAUUAUUUUUGUUUGUUUAAAGUCUCCUAAAAUGUUACAAUUCUGUGUCGUGUAACUUAAAGUUGUUGUUGGAACAUCUACCUGCAAAAAUUAAACUAGAAUGUUUUUUGAAAAGUCAACGUUUUAUUUUCAAGUGCACUCAUAUCAGUCCGGUACCUUGUAAACAUGACUGUAUUCAUGUGGAUUGCUUGAAAAGCCUCUAUGGCUUGACUUUAACGUUAAAUGUGAUGCAUGGGCUGAAAUGAAUGAAUGGACUGUGGCCAUAAUGUUUGAGACUGAAACUAUUGUCUGAAUAAAUGCAUUGCAAUGCAUUCUGGAUAAGAAUCGCCCGCACAGAGUGGCACUGUUUUUGCAUGCCAUGGAUGGUCAAAACUGAAAUAAAUUUCUACAUGAUAACCUCUCAUUAUGAGAUUAACAUUCAUGAACUCUUCAUUUGAAUUCCUGCAGCAAUCCCAAAUCGUGAACUGAAGAACAAAUCUGAAAAAUAGUUUACAAUCUAGACC